UAAUCGGCUAAUUUGGACCGCGGGAAGACACAUUUAUCGUGUCGAUAAGACCGCAUGUGCGUGUCGUAAGAAGCAGUUAUUGAAUACGCUAUCUGGCGCUCGCACCUCGCGGGGUGAUACACGGCGUUUCGAUACAGUUUCGCGUCGAAGGGGGGAAAAAGGAAGAGCAAGGGGGGAAAAAAAGACUACGCGGGAGGAAAUCUCUCUCUCUCUCGAGCAUGAUUACGUAGUUCAAUGCGACGUAGAACGCGCGCUUGUCGUUCGCGCCUCGUGUGCCUCCCGGAGUGAGUACUCGCGCGCAUCAUCCGUCCCGUCUUAGACUCCGACUCGCCCGAGGAGCCGUCGCGCUCUCGAGGAGGCCACCGAGGAAAACGUUAAAAGGAAAGAAAGACUUUUCCUCGUUACAGCGACAUUUCGUUUUUCUUUUCCCGCCGGCUUCAGAGACAUUAUGUAUAAGUCCCGUGUUUACCCAGGCAGCGAUUCCUCGCUGACGCGGGACAGCGGUUCCGAGAGCACGCCGCUGAUCUCGUCGGAGUCCCGCACGAGUCCGGAGCCGGCGAUAUUCGGCGAUUCGGAGACGAGCGACCUGGACCCGAGCCCGGCCAGCUGCUCUUUCAUAUAUGGGAGCGUAGACAGCGCCGGUUACAACACGACCCUAGCUCUACCGAAGAGGCCAGUCUCCUCGAAACGAAAUAGUGAAUCGUUCGUUCCCGCAAUGGCGAGUCCACCUUGCAUAGUGAAUCUCGACCACGAAAAGAAGUACGAGCCGCGCAAUGUCGACCUGACGAACGAAAGUUCAAACGCGAGGAAGACGCACGAGCUGGACUUCAAGUCUGGAUCCCCGCAGUUUCAACCCGACAUCGUGCAGGCUACCUGCAAGGAUUUCAAGUCGAAGCAGAAUUCGUUGGUCACCAUAUUUUCAAUAUGGAACACAAUACUGGGGUCGUCGUUGCUGACGAUGCCAUGGGGAAUCGCGAUGGCCGGGUUCUUUCCGGGGAUCAUCCUCAUCCUGCUGAUGAGCGGUCUGUGCCUGUACACCGCUUACCGUCUCAUAGUUGCACACGCGUAUCACGGUGGCGGAGCAAACGUAGAGGUCUUGGACCUGUGUCGGAUAUACCUCGGCAAAUGGGCGGAACACACCGCUAGGAUCUUCAGUAUCGCCGUACUGCUGGGUGCAACUAUAGCUUACUGGAUAUUGAUGGCCAACUUCCUGUACAAUAGCGUCAAUUUUAUUUACGAUAACGUAGCUGGCUGGCCAGCGCGUCCGGCGUCCGAGAACGUUUCGCACAAAGAAGUUCUGUGCCCGAGGGAGAUCCGAGACAAUGACACCAUUGUGACUUACGAGAAAACGUUCGAUGCGCUGGGGCCGGCCUGGGAUCUACGCAACACAGUGCCUGUCUUCUUGGCUAUACUGAUAUUUCCCCUUUUAAAUUUUAACAGCACGACAUUCUUCACCAAGUUUAACUCUCUCGGAACGGCGUCAGUCAUGUAUCUGAUUGUUUUCGUCGUGAUAAAGUCAGCGUCGUGGGGCAUCAACAUGGACCAAGUCGAAUGGGCAAUGAGUUGGGCAAUACGGCCCACGUUUCCGGCGCUCACCGGAAUACUGGCAAUGUCGUUCUUCAUCCACAACAUCGUGAUCAACAUAAUGCAAAACAAUCGCGAUCAAGAAAAAAACGGGCGGGAUUUGACCAUAGCCUACAUCCUCGUCACGUUAACUUACAUCAUCGUCGGAGUAACGUUUUUCAUGUGUUUCCCACUGCCUAAGUCGUGCAUAGAAGACAAUCUAUUGAAUAAUUUUCAAAAAUGGGACGGCCUCACAUUAGGCGCUCGCAUAGUGCUACUGUUCCAACUGGUGACAGUCUAUCCUCUGCUCGCUUACAUGCUACGUAUCCAGUUGCUGUCGUGGAUACACAAAGGAUCGUCUAACAGAGGCUUAGUGCUCUUCAUUAAUCUCAUGCUGGUUUCCAUAUGUAUCAUUUUCGCGACGUUUGUACCUUACAUCGGAACUAUUGUCAGGUACACCGGCGCUUUAAGCGGGCUCAUCUACGUUUUCACGUUCCCGAGUUUAUUGCACCUGUCCAUCUUGAAGAAAGAAGGAAAGCUAAGCGCGUGCUCGGUAUUAUUCCAUUUAGGAAUACCCCUUGUCGGAAUCUCAAAUCUCAUCGCUCAGUUCUUCAUCACGGAUCAUUGAUCACAUAAUUAAGAUCUUGUGGACUGUGCAAUUGCAUUUAUAUGACAUUUAGCAUUAAUUUUUCACGAGUGCAAUUGCGUAU